AUGGAAACUAGCAAACUCAGGUUUGGCGUUGUGAUUAGAAGGUUCGACAAUGACACUAUUAGAAGGCAAACAUUUGUAAUUAUGAGACGCGAGAGAAGUAGAAAAUAUGUUCCAAAAAUUCGGAAGUUAAAACAUGAUGAAAUUGAAUCGAGAAAAUAUGAGUGUCCAUUUAAAUUGCGCGAAUACUGUAGGGUGGGUGAUAUCUGGAGGUUUAAUGUCAUUUCUGGUAUACAUAAUCAUGCGUUAGACACCAAGCUACAAGGUCAUCCAAUUGUAUAUCGGCUUAAGUCGGAGGAGAAGGAAAUUAUUUCAGAAAUAUCGAUAAUUAAAUUUGUACCGAGAAACAUACUUGCCGAUUUGAAACGGAAAAGACCACAAAGUAUUUCAAAUAUCAGACAGAUAUACAAUGAACAGUAUCAACGGAACAUGGCGAAUAAAAGUUUGAGAUUUAAAAUGCAACAAUUUUUGAAAUUUUUGGACGAUAACCAUUAUGUUUUAAGGUACAAAGUGUGUGAGAAUAAAGUCAGUGUCCAUGACAUUUUUUGGGCUCAUUCAGAAAGUAUCAAGUUGUUCAAUACAUUUCCAUCCGUCCAUAUAAUUGAUUCAACAUACAAGACCAACAAGUAUAGGCUUCCGCUUCUAGAAGUUAUUGGUGUCACUUCUAUGGAGAAUGCAUUUUCGGUUGGAUUUGCUUUUUUGGAAUCUGAGAAAGAAAAUAAAGUUACAUGGGCAUUGGAUAUCUAG